AGUACAGACUUUAGUAGUUUAAUGAUUUGAAAAUAAUUAGACUACUAAUUACACUAAUUACUUGAUUGAGCAAUUAAUUCGAUCAAAUUGCUCAGUAAAAUAAUAUGUGGACAGAUUAGUAAAGUCGGCAUCACUAGUGUCAACCUUUGGUGUCAAGUUAGUACUAGCCGAAGUAGCCGACUUUUACAAAUAUAUUAUGUAUUAAAUUCUUAUUAAUUUUGAAUUCUGUUUAUACUAGAAUUAUUAAUGUAGUAAACAGCAGUAAUUAAAUAUUUUAUUUACCUGAAAUAAACUAAUGUAUUUAUUUCGAUAUCCAGUAAUAAUUUGAAGACAAUUUAGUAUUUUAUAUUGAAAGAUAUGGCGUUAAUGAAAUCUAAAGAAAUUCCUGAAGAUGCUGUCGUUCUAGAUGAAGUGGAAGCCACUACAUAUAUUUGGGACCUUGUUGAUAAAUGGAAUUCUAUAUCAGAUGUAUGGGCAUUGCGUUAUGGGCCGAGUGUUCUUGGAGGGGUUAAUGCGUUCGCCGGAAUACUAAUUAACAGACAUUACAGGAACAAAUUGAAACUUGGUACAUAUGGAUUUUACUCGUCAGUUAUACCUAUCACUUUGAUGCCGGGCCUCAUGACUACAUUAUUUCACAGACAUUUGAUAACAUCAGACAUGUUACUGAUGAAGAGAGAUAUGUGCCCUAUUUGCUAUGAAGUCAGAUCUGCAGCUAUACAGUUAAGCUUCGGCAUAGCAUAUCCCAUGGUACUUGGUCCUACGGCAGCAUUGAUGUUUGCCAAUAGGUACAGUACAUUCAGAAUACCUGAUCUAACAGAUGGACCAAAGGUGGUGUUCCAGUUUUUAAGAAAUAUCACAAAAAGAUUCCACAAUACUUUAGUUACUUUGACCGUGUUCCAAUUAGUGGCGUCAUCGUUCAUUACCUACCUUGAAAUACGAAACAAUUUCACUUUUAGAAGAAAGUUGACUGAGAUUGAAAAGGAUUUUGACAAUGCAGAAGACGUGAAUUAAAUGAUUGUGUUAUAGUUUUUGUUAUUGUAGACGGAAAUGUAUAUAGUGUUAUAAAUAUACACGUAGGUAAUUUAUUA